AUUGGUAAACAAAAAAAAAAUACGGAUUCCAUUAAAAUUUGACAAAAACACCUCGGAAAAGAGCUAAAAAGGCAGCAUGGAAAUCGAUAAUCGGGCCAAAAAAGCUAAAAAGGUGAUAAUUGAUGUGGAUGGCAAGCGCAAAUACUUUUACGGACCGCAAAAGUACCGGAGACAAUGGGAGCAAAUGCCGGAAUUGAAAGAUUGGUGCCGAGGAUCAACCCGUUCGAAUAUCGAGGCUUACUGCUUGGUUUGCGAGCGCCAUUUGAAGGCAAAUCGCAAAAGUUUGCUAAAUCACUCACAGAGCAAGUUGCAUUUGGAGUCGCUUAGCGGCAGAAAAUUCCCAGUUAAACGCGCGCCAAAUGCAAUGCCGCGCACUCGCGUCUCCCAGAGACCGAAUUUCGAUCAGGAGCCCGCAAUCAUUCCAGACUCAGAUCCGUUGUACGAUGGCGAAAUGGAGGACGGCGAAAUUCUGGGCGACGGCUCGAUGGUAAAGUACGAAGAUCAUUCCUCAUUCAUGGUGACAGAAGUCGAUCCGUCGCAUUUCGACGACGAUGGCGGCGACGAGGAGGACGACGAAGAAGACGACAGUGCUGAAAAUAGCAACAGAUUUCCCGUUCCUUCCCAUAUUGCCAAUGGAGCAUCGUCGUUCACAAACGAGACAGUAAAACAGUCGAAACACUAUCAUCUUCCGUCAAAAGCAAUGGCAAAGUCUCCCAUCACCACACACGUACUCGACACGAUGCACGGAUGUCCCGCGCCCAAUAUUGCCGUGUCUUUGUUCCGCUUGCAAGACGAGGAAUGGACUCUGAUGGCAACGGAUUUGACGAACGACGACGGCAGAUGCACAAAACUCAUCGUGCCAACGUAUUUCGUCGCUGGCAGAUACAAGUUGCACUUUUUCGUCGAGGAAUAUUUCAAGAAACUGAAUGUGGAUUUCUUCUAUCCCUUCAUUGAGAUUGUGUUUGAUGUAAAAGAUGCCACGGAGCAUUAUCAUGUACCGAUUUUGCUGAAUGCUUUUGGGUACACGACAUACCGCGGAUCGUAAAAGAGUGGCGGCGGAGCGACAGAAAUUGAAAUUAAAUGAAGUUUAUUUAUGUUUUUGAACAAAUUCUUUAGUAGUAGUAAGUAAACAAAACAAAAAAAAAACAGAACAAAAAAAAAACAGUUGAAGAAGAAUACUCGGAAUCACAAAAGUGGACAAAGGCAACUAAAUAGAAAUUGCAAUAAAGACUCCUUAUUUGAUUUUAAAUACAAAAUAUACAGACUAAUUGAUUAAUA